AUGUUGAGUGCCCAGUCUGUGACCGUGAUCAGGGUCCAAUCUAUGACCACGAUCAAGGCUCAGUCUGUGACCAUGAUCAGGGCUCAGUCUGUGACCAUGAUCAGGGCUCAGUCUGUGACCAUGAUCAGGGCUCAGUCUGUGACCAUGAUCAAGGCUCAGUCUGUGACCAUGAUCAGGGCUCAGUCUAUGACCAUGAUCAGGGCUCAGUUUGUGACUGUGCUCAAGGCUGAGUGUGUGGCUGAGAGCUGUGUGAACAUCCAGGGCUCAGCUGAGGCAAAUGAGGACGGUGAAGGCCAGGAGCAACAGAGCUCGCUGUUGACCCAAAGGAUUAAGGAAAUCAAUGUGCCCCAGCCCCGGCUGCUGGCUAAUAUAUCUGAACAUCUUUCAUCAACUAAAAAAAAGAUUCUAGAUGACCUGCAGAAAACACUGUCGAAUCAUAUCCUACAAGAUUUGAUUGCUGAGUCAGGACCAAAAAGAACUAUGUCCCGCUCCCAGGGUGCCCAAGAGUACCCUCACACAGUCAUACUGCACGGGGAUGCUGGAGUCGGGAAGUCCACCCUGGCCAGGCAGCUGAGGAGAGCCUGGCUGGAAGGCCAGCUGUACAGGGACCGCUUCUGGCACGUCUUCUACUUCAACUGCAGGGAACUGAACCCAUCACAGACAAUGAGUUUCACUAAGUUCAUCGUAGAAUAUGGGGUUGCCCCUGGGGCUUCCAUUGGCCAGAUGUCUCAGUCAGAGCAGCUGCUCUUCAUCCUCGAUGGCCUUGAUGAGCCAGAAUGGGACUUAGAGAAGCAAAAGGGUGACACCCAUCUGCAGUGGAGCCUGAAGCAGCCUUUAUGCUCAAUUCUGAGCCAGUUGCUGAGGAAAACCAUGUUUCCCAGUGCAUCCUUGCUGAUCACCGCUAGAACCAGCGCUCUAGAGAAAUUCAUUCCGUCUUUGAAGCACCCACAAUGGGUGGAGGUGCUGGGGCUCUCUGAGUCUGGAAGGAGGGAAUAUUUCUGCAAAUACUUCACAGACGAAGGCCAAGCAAGCAGAGCCCUGAGCUUGGUGGAGUCAAACCAUGUGCUCUGGGCCCUGUGUCAGCUGCCCUGGGUAUCCUGGCUGGCCUGCACCUGCCUGAGGCAGCAGAUGGAGCAGGGGCGAGAGCUCUCGCUGACUCUCCAGACCACCACGGCCCUGUGUCUGCAGUACUUGUCCCAGGCUCUGCCCACUCAGACCCUCGGGACGCAGCUGAGGGGCCUGUGCUCUCUGGCUGCUGAGGGCAUCCAGCACAGAAAGACCCUCUUCACUGUGGAAGACCUCAAGAAGCAUGGUGUGGAGGGCUCCAUCGUCUCCGCUCUCUUGCCGAUGGUCAAUCCCCAAGAUCUCCCCAUCCAUCAGAGCUACAACUUCACUCACCUGUGUCUCCAGCAGUUCCUGGCCGCCAUGUCCUGUGUGCUGGGCUGUAGUAAGGAGGAAAGUGGUGACCCUGAAAGCUCUUUAGGUAUAAGAGAGGCGCUACUAAAAUACUGCAGGCAUGAUGUCUUCGGAGCACCAACCACGCAAUUUGUAUUUGGCCUUCUGGGUGAGCAGGGGGUGAGAGAGAUGGAGAGCAUCUUUGGCUGCCCACUCUCAGGGGAGAGGAGGCAGGAACUCCUGAAAUGGACCCAGGAAGAGGUCCAGCAACAAUAUUUCUCCCACCAGCCAUAUUCCUUACAGUUGCUCCGCUGUUUGUAUGAGAUUCAGGACAAAGAUUUCCUGACACAAGUAAUGGUCCAUUUCCAAGGAACAAGCAUGUGUGUUGAAAACGAAGUGGAGUUCCUGGUGUUCACUUUCUGUAUUAAAUUCUGCCCCCAUGUGCAGCGGCUUCAACUGAAUGAGGGUGGGCAAGAAAAACAAGCGUGGAAACACCCCACUAUGGUCCUGUACAUGUCGUAUCCAAUCACAGAUAACUGCUGGCGGAUUCUCUUCUCCAUUUCUGGGAUCAUUGAGAACCUAAUGGAGCUGGACCUCAGUGGAAACUUCCUGAGCAGCUCUGCAGUGCAGAGUCUUUGUGAGGCCCUCAGAUGCCCCCGCUGCCGUCUGGAGACCCUGCGGCUGGUCUGCUGCGGCCUCACCUCCAGCAGCUGCCAGGCCCUGGUCUCCACACUCAGCACCAACACCCACCUGAGGGAGCUGCACCUGCAGCAGAACAACCUGGGCGACCUGGGCUUGAGGCUGCUCUGUGACUGGCUCAGGCAGCCUGCCUGUCUGCUCAGGCUCCUGGGGCUGGACCAGGCCCGGCUGAGUGAAGAGGUGACAGAGAUGCUGCGGGCCCUGGAGCAGGAGAAGCCUCAGCUGCACAUCUGUGGCAGAAGCCCCCAGGAAGUGGCUGGAGUGGAACCCAUCUGUCGGUCUCCCCCCUCCCCUGUGGGGGGUCCCCACAUGGAGCCUCUGACGACCACAGAUGAGUUGUGGGGCCCCACAGGACAUACGGCUGUCGAGGUGGUUGACCAGGAAAGGAGCCAGUACCGAGCUCACCUCCCCACGGCCGGCUCCCACCACUGGCCCAACACGGGUCUCCACUUUGUGGUGAGAAGGGCAGUGACCGUCGAGAUUGAAUUCUGUGCCUGGGACCCAUUCCUGGACACGAUUGUCCCCCGGGACACCUGGAUGGUGGCAGGACCACUGUUUGACAUCAAGGCGGACCCAGGAGCUGUGGCAGCUGUGUACCUGCCUCACUUCGUGUCCCUCCAAGGAGACCACGUGGACCCCUCCCAGUUCCACGUGGCCCACUUCAAAGAGGAGGGGACGCUGCUGGAGGAGCCAGCCAGGGUGGAGGCGUUACACAGCCUGGAGAACCCCAGUUUCUCCCCCAUGGGAGUCCUACUGAGAAUAUUCCCAGUUACCAGGAAAAUCAUUCCCAUCAUCUCCACCGUGAUGCUCUACCAUCACCUCCGUCCUAGUGAAAUCAACUUCCACCUCUACCUGGUCCCCAAUGACUGCUCCAUUCAGAAGGCCAUAGAUGAAGAAGAAAAGGAGUCCCAGUAUGUGAGAAUACGCAAGCCUCCUCCAAUGACCCCACUCUACCUGGGCUCCUGCUUCACCGUGUCUGGUUCAGAGGUGAUAGAGAUCAUCCCCCAGGAGCUGGAGCUCUGCUAUCGGAGCCCCAGGGAGUCCCAGGUCUUCAGUGAGAUCUACGUUGGACAGUUGGAGUCAAGGAUCCGUCUGCAAAUUCAGAAUAUGAAAGAUGGAACUGUGGUGUGGGAGGCCUUGGUGACACAAGCAUCUAGGAUCCUCCACAGGAACCCAGGACAGAUGGGGCUGGCUCAGCCAAGGACCCAGAUCACCGAAUCACCCCAGGGAGCCGAGGGCAUGGGUUGGCUCUACAGGCCUGGGGUCGAGGUUCUUUCGGACCCUCUCUUCAACCCUGUUCCUCAGCACCUGGCUCAGGAGUGA